GGAGAUCAGCUGAACUAGCUUUCCGUACAAAUCAGUAGUAGUAAGAGCCGGGUAGAGAACAGACGUGGCCUAAGUAAAUUCCGUUAUGGCAGUAUUUUGGCUCUAAAUUCUGAAUCUCGCGGCCAUUUUUCCACGCUGCUCGUGCGUUUUUUUCGCUAAAUUUUCCAAAAACUAAAUCAAAGUGGCGAACCCGACGGGCCAUCGAAAGAAAGACAUGUUAAAAUUUCUCACGCACAAAUUAAGGACUCACUCGAUUAACGAAGAAAACUACAAUCAAAAGGGAGAUGAGGAUCAUGAUUCCGGAACAGAAAGUGACGAAGAAAUCGAUCCUAUGGAACUACCUUCACCUGCUGUUUCUGACAGAAUGUGCAGCGUAUCCCCGGCGGAUACAGGGUGUUCGAUGGAAAGUCCAGCCCCAGAUCCUCACGACCCCCAUUCGUCUGAAGAAGAGCUCGAGGUAAUAAACAGCAACCCCAAACUCGAAAGGACCACCCCAAGACCUCUCAGGGCUGCUUCUGUGUGUCUACCAGAGAAAAGGAAAUGGUCACAAGUUGGAGAUCACCACAGACCUGAAAACGAAGAAAACAUGUCACAGUUCAGCAACCUGAGUCCCCCAUCUUCCUGUUCGCCACAUUGGAAAGCCUGCGAGGACGGUCCAGUUAUAGAGCACUCGGGAUCUUCAGAUGACGAAGUGCACAAUCUGUUGGCGAGCAGAACAACUCCGGUAAGAUUUCGAACUUCACCUCCGUUGGAGGCCGUCAAACCUGGCAGGAGAUCAGUCCCAACCAAAGGACGGUCGAUCAGUCCUCCACCGAAAUUGUUACACUACGAAGUAUCGCCCAGGAAGAGAUCCAAACACGGACGCCAUUCUCAUUUGCAAAGGCCCUAUUUGGAUUUCGAAAAAAUGCAACAGCUGAAGGCGCGAUCCGUGACCGCAUGGCGUCCCAGCGGAGAACACACCGGCGAGCUGUCGGUGUUCUGUUGGUGAAACGGGCUGUCGGAGCUGGCGCCAGCAGAGCUCCCUCCAGAUCCCGACGCUCGGCUACCCAGCUUGCCGACCGAGUGGCCGCCGAGCCCAGCCGAACGGCGUACCAUACCACCCGAACACGAGCCGAUGUUGACAGAGCCGCACGCUUCGGGCGGCCAAGCGGGUCACGUGACCGCCGCCGAAACCAUCCGACCACGCACGAACGAACGGGAAGUGGUAUCAGGAGAGGCCUCCGCAUCCAUGACAUGCAAAGGGAACGAAUGACCGACGAUAAACAUCGAAUAUUACGACGUCAGAUGAUGAGACGUUUUCUUUUCGUUAGUUCAUCAAUGAUCAAUCAAAAGUAGAAUUAAACGGCCUUUAAUUGACUUAAGUUAGAGAGGAAUUUUGUUUUCAAAAUUUACAGUAUUUAGCUUUAAAAUCUUUAUCUGUGUGUUUAUUACAGUACUGUCUUUUUAAUACAGGGUGCUAUAAUAAACAUGAAAUACAUUCAAGUACGAUUUUCAAAUCGUGGUUCGUGUGCAUCAUACUCCUAAAUUGUGGAAACUUACAUGGAAUAAAAUUUAAAGCCUUUUUUAAUUAUUUUAAAUAGAAUCUUUGUAACACAUUACAAACUAUUACUACAGAAAAUCAAUCAAUUUUAAGCUUCAUUCAGAACGUCGCACUAAGUGUGGUUUUUCAGAACGUUAAAAUUAGUGGUAGGAAUUUUCAAUUAGUUGAAAAAGUUACCAAACUUUUAACUUUUCCACUAAUUAUACUUCAAAACUUACGAGGAAUGUCAUUUAUCAUCCGUCAAGAGAAAAUGUGGUUAGAAAUCAAAAGUUUAUUUUAGUUUCAUAAGCUAUAAAUAUUAGGCUUUGUCUAUGGAUACAAAUGAUUACUGCAAGCUGUUGCUAGGAUUUUCUAUUAAUUUUAAUCGUGUUUUUUAGACAUUGUGAAUGAUCUUAAACUAAAAAGUAUAA